AUGGGCGGAACCAAGGGCCCUUCCGAGCGACUCAUCGUGCCAUCGUUCAGCGGCGACACCGAGAAUGGGGGUGACCUCGGAAGCUCCGCACGAAGCUAUCUCCGCCAGGUUUCGGCCUGGGAGAAGAUGACCAAGCUGGCGCCGGACCAACGCGCUCUGGUCCUCUACCAGCAUUUGGCUGGUUCCGCAUGGGUGAACUCAGAGUCUUUGAGCGUGGACGAGCUAGCAAGCCCCGACGGUGUCAACAGGCUUCGCGAAUGGGUGCGUCAACACUACCUGGAUGUGGAGGUGACGCAGGUCGGCAGGUCACUGAGUGACUUGUUCAGAAAAUUGCGCCGCCGUCCGACACAAAGCUUCAGGGACUACGCCGCGGAGUUCAAUCGCCUGCUGGCCAGGGUGGUGGAAUGCGGAUGCGCUCUACCUGAUGUGGCAAACGCUUGCCUGUUCGUGGACAGGGCGAACCUCGACGAGGCGACCGAGGUCAGUCUUCUGGCCAGCGUAGGGAACAAGUACGCACUAAGAGCUCUCCAAUCUGCUGCGAUCGUGCUGGACAGGUCCAUGCGGAAACCAUGGGAAAAGGCCGGGGUCCGACCGCGCACACAGAAUGUGAACCACGCCGAGGGGAUCGAUGAGACCAAUGCGAGCGACUCGGAGAUGGAGGCCCCGACCUACGACGACCCCGACGCUGAUGCCGGGGACCUGUACGUGAGCUACAUGACGGCGAAGGCCAGGUACAAAGAGGCUACGAAGGCGAGGGGCGUCGAGACUAGGAUCGGCGACAAGGAGAAGGAAGGAGAGGCGAAUCCCGCUCGCCGCGCCGCCGAGAAUAAGAUCGCCCUGGCAAAGGCCAAGUCGCACUGCUCAGCUUGUGGCCAGAAGGGACACUGGCAUCGCGACGAAGUGUGUCCGAAGUUCGGCAAGGGACAAUCGGGAGCGAGGACGCAGACAAUCCACGUCACCAACGAGGUGUAUGAGUUGUGCUUCGGCGGCGCUGGCGACCUCAUGGCGAUCCUUGACACCGCGUGUUCCAAGACUGUCGUCGGCACCAGCUGGUUCCAGAAGUACCUCAAUCACACCAAGGGCGGCGGCUAUGACGCCGAACUGGUCCAUGAACGCGAAAGCUUCAAGUUCGGCGCCGCAAGCAAGAUCUACGAGUCCACGUAUGCCGCUGUGAUCUAUAUCCCCAUCGCCUCCCAGGUGGUCGCGGUGAAGGCCUCGGUCAUUCAUGGAGGCGUGCCAUUGCUGAUGUCGAAACCUGCCUUGACCCGUUUGGGCCUGAUUCUUGAUUUGAGCCGCAAUGUGGCGACGUUCCGUACCUUGCAGAGCGGGGAAAUUGCCCUCCUAGAGACCCACAGCGGCCAUCCAGCCUUGAAGGUUGACCACAGCGAGAUGGCGAAGCCAGACCUUUCCAGGCUCCCGACCACUUGGGAAGCCCAUGGGAUCGAGAUCGUCAGCCAUCGCGAGGUAUACAUGAUUGGUUGCACUGGGGAUGGUACGGAUAGGCCUACUGACUCUGUCACGGUACCCAAGAUCUUUUACGACAAGAAGAUAGAUGGAGCAGUUAGAGACAUGUUGACCAGUGACUUGUUGAAUGAAGAGACCUUUUCAUCUUGGUGGGCUACAACCGAAAUCACGAAUGACUUCUGGUUAGAGAUCGUGAGCAAGGUGACUAUCCGACUCUAUGGGUUGGCCGCAGUGUCUUCAACCGAGCCCAAGCAUCCCCUGUUCCGAGACCUCCCGGCCAUGGUUGCAGUAUGGCAGAUGACCAAAGGACAGUUGAUCGCGGAGUGCAAUCGCCGCGAGCUGGCCAUCAGUCCCGAGUGGACGUGCCCCGAGCUCCGGACCAUCCUCAUGGCCGACAUGGACUACGAGAAGCGGAACACGACCGGGGCCGUGCCGAAGAAGCUCUCCGGGAUGAACUUGUCCGAGCUGCGCGAGGAAGCAAUCAAGAUGAACCUGCCGGUUCACGACAAGGAGUCCAAGGGGACUCUGAUGCUUCGCAUCCGGGACGCGGCCGCCCCAUCGAGUACAGUGAUGACGGUGGGAAGGUUCCGCGGGACACCCUUCAACGAGGUCCCGGAAUCCUACGGAGCCUGGGCUUCAGAGGAGGAACGCCAGAACGGGGACAACAUGCACACCGACCUGAAGCGCUUCGUGAACUGGAGGAGGCACAUGAGAGCACAGCCGAAGGCGAGCAUGACGCCACCGAGAUCGGCGGCGAGCUACCUGGAUGUGGAGACCUACGCAAGUGUGCCACCGCCACCGAUGAGCGAGACGGGGAGCUCCUACUGCAGUGGAGAGCGUGUGGAGCGGCUACAGCGAGCUGCACGAUUGGAGACCUGUCCGUCCUCAAAACCUGGCACCCGAGAUGGCCGCCGCGAAGGCAAAGGCACGGGCGUCCCGAGCACGGCCGCCACCCGGAGAAGAACCCACACGCAUGGAGCAGGAGAUCGCCGAGGAGACGCUGAUGGAGAUCCAUGCCCUGGAGACACGACUGGCGACGCUCCGCGAUCGGUGCGGUUUGCCGCCCCAGUGAGUCCUGGUUCUGAGGAGAUCGACGAGAAGCGCCCAUUGGGCGCGCACGCCAUGCACCACGAGCACGACGAAGGCUUUCAAUCAUGUUCCUCUGGAUCGGAGGACCUGGUCAACGACGCCUUCUACGUCUCCCGACGACAGGGCCCCGGGCGAGAUCAUCCUGGAGAACAACUUGCUCGCCAGAGGCUGCAGGAGGGUGAUUUCUCCGGAACCACGUUCCAAGAGAUCUUGUCUUUGUAUGAUCUCGCUGGAAAGCACCAACGACGCCAAGGCAUCCAUGGACUACCUGAAGAUGGCGGGCGGGCUACGUUCGGAUACUACGCCUACGGCACCUUCAAGGGGAUCACGAAGCGGACUUUGCAAUGGCCACACCUCACUGCCUACUUGAAUGGAGUCAUCUCCGAGUAUGUCGGCGGCGAUGAUCCGGAACAACGAGAGCCUAUGUGGUCCUCCAUCGCCCUCCUCCACAAUUGCCCCGCGGCGAUGCACACCGACAAGAACAACGUGAAGGGGAGCCACAACUUCGUUGUCAGUUUCGGCCAAGGCGAGGGUGGCGACAUGUGGGUACAAGAGUCCGGAGGUGGAGUGUGGCGCCGAGAUGCAAAGGGUCAUGAAGUCGAAGGGCGAAUCGUGUCGACCCACGAACAAGGCUGGGAGUUUGAUCCUCGGCUACGCCACUGCACUGAGACCUUCCAUGGAGAAAGAUGGUUCAUUGCAGGGUUCACGGCCCGGACCUACCCCGACUCCAACAAAGAAGAAAAGAAGCUACUACGCGAACUAGGGUUUCCCCUUCCCAGCAAGUCACAACUCAGGUGCGACCGCCAACGAGAGGAGGUUUCCGUGAAGGCUAGCGAACCGAGCGCCGAGUGCCCUCUGAGUUCUUCUACAAGGCCGCGCAAAAGCUGCAGGCGCAACAUCCGCAAGACCGCCCUUCUGCUGAGCGUUCUACUCACAACGGUCCUGUCCACCAUGGCCGAGGCGGCACAACUCGCCCUACUACCUCGGUCUGCGCCGAGCACACCUUUGCUAGAGGUCGGCGGGAUUUCGGCCACGUGUAGACUCGCCGAGUACGGGAUCUGCGGUGAUCAUUUGGUGGAACCCAUCGUGGUGGAGGACGUCCUGCACAACGACCACCCCUCCGACUGUGACAUCGGAUACCUCGAGGCGGCGGUCAUGAAACACGAGCCCGGGCAACUUUGGAUUCAUGUUAAGGAGGAGUUCGGGGACGGUGCUGCCUACAACGACCUCGUCGAGGCCGUUAGUUAUCAAUUGGGUGCUGGUCGAAGUGUGGUUUUCGAGAAAGAGAUCGAUGAGCCGAGGCUCUGGCAUGACCUUGUCACCGGGUGGGAGAGCGCUGGCUAUUCGGUCCGGCACGACUACACCGCCAACGGCAACGAGAGCAUCCACGUGAUCUACGACGAGCAGGAGUCCUACGUGAACACCGUCUACGCCGGCGAGGCCGAGGACGGGAGGGCCGCCCCACACCGAGUUGGAGAUGAAGGAGAAGAGGACCAGCCAAUGGCCAGGGGCGCUCAGGCCAUUCGCUUCCCGCCGAGCGUUCCAUCUACUGUGGCCGCAAGCCUAAGACGCCUCCAUCAGAACUUGGGCCACCCGAGUGUGGCCGACUUUGUUCGUCAUUUGCGGCUGGCAGGGGCCUCACGGGAAGUCCUAAAGGCCGCUCGCAACCUUGAAUGCCAAGUUUGCCAGAGGACCCGGCGUCCUGCCAUCGCCAAGCCGGCCAAGGUGGCAUCAUGUUUCCGGUUCAACGAGAUGAUUGGGACCGAUUUGUUCUACAUCCACGACAGCGAAGGCCAGCGACAUCAACUACUUUCCAUCGUUGACUUCUCCUCGGCCUAUCACGUGGUUGUUCCCGUUGCCCGGAAGGACACCCCCACCUUGGAACGGGCCUUCUGCGAAAACUGGAUCAAUAUCUUCGGGGCUCCGUCUGUGGUUGCUGUGGACAUGGAGAAUGGCCUCGAAAAGUCUCUGGGGAGGAUCAGCGACUGGACGGGGACCCGUGUGCGCACGGCAGCCGGUCAGGCUCACCACCAGGCCGGCUAUACCGAACGCCAAGGGGCUAUCUGGAAAGAGAUCUUCCAGAGGGUGUGCGAGGAACAGUCCGUCGUCAAGAGUGACAUCCACCUGGCCAUCGGUGCGGUAUCGUCUGCUAAAAACCAGCUCACCAAGACGAGCGGGUUUAGUCCGUGCCAGCACGUCUUUGGGACUUCGCCAGGCGUACCAGAGGACCUACUUGAUGGACCACAUGCACUACCACCUGGAGAAGAGCCCAUCAUCGAUGACAGACAUGCCCGGGAAGUUGCUCUGCGCACGGCAGCCCGGGCUGCCUACUUCCAUGUUCAGACAGAUGAACGAGUCCGUCGCGCUUUAGCGGGACGAGCCCGGGUCGAGGCCAGAACGCCCGAGACCGGAGAACGGGUCUUCUACUACAGGAAGACCAAGAACAACAAGAAAGGCACCUGGGUUGGACCAGGUACCAUCAUAGGGCAAGAAGGGGCCAACCUAUGGGUAACGCGCGGAGGACGAUGUGUGCUCUGCGCUCCAGAACAUGUUCGGCUGGCAACUGCAGAAGAACUCGGACAAGCCUUCAGUCUGCACAUCGCCCAGCAGGAUUUGGACAAACUCCUGAAUGCCGACUCUGAGCAGGAAGAUAUGUUCAUCGACGGCGAAGAGGAAAAUGCCGACGGCGAGCCGCACGACGGAGCGGACGAGGGCUACGGCAUCGGCGAGAUCGCCAUGGAUAUCGAGGAGGACCCCGGCGAUCGACGAGGAGUACGGCGCGAGUUGGCACGAGUUCCCCCCAUGGUCCUGAAGCGGCAGCGCAGAAAAGGAAGAGGAGAUGAAGUACCCGCUGGUCCUGGUCCCCACGAGGCCCACAUGCUCAAGAAGGCAAGAACGCCCCGCUCUAAGGAGAAGCAACUCGAGAAGGAGAUCCCUUGGGCCAUGAUCCCUGAAGAGAUGAGGCCGGCAUUCCGCAGUGCGGAAGCAGUCCAAUGGAAGGAGCAUGUCGACACUGGCGCCUUGGAGGUACUUGACCUCGCGACCAGCGACCACAUUCGCCAAACGGUGGCCGCCGAGAGGAUACUCUCGUCGCGGUUCGCUUACCGCGACAAACACAUGGGCCGACGACGGGCCGACCCCACAUGCCCCUGGAAACCGAAAUCCCGACUAGUCGUCGGGGGACAUCAAGACCCGGAUGUUGGGGUGACGAAUGUGGUGGUGGAUUCUCCUACGGUGUCAAGAGCAUCACUCCUCUCGGUGCUCCAAGUGUGCGCUUCUAAAAGAUGGAGUGCAGCCGCCGGAGACGUGCAGGCAGCUUUUCUUCAGGGAGUGGAACUACAGCGCGAACUGUGGUUGUCACAGCCCAAGUCUGGAAUCGAUGGCCUACAUCCCCGCCAACUGGCACGGAUACGCAAAGGGGUCUUCGGACUCUCCGAGAGUCCGCGGAUGUGGUAUGAUAGGCUGUCGAGUGUGCUCCUGGGCGAGGUCUUCGAGGUGGAGGGCAAGAGCUGCAGACUGAUUCCAAGUCCACUUGAUCCCUGCGUGCUUAUGCUACUCGAUGGCGGACUUCCUGGCGAACCGCUCGCCUACAUCUGCAUCCACGUCGAUGAUUUGCUUCUGGUGGCGCCUAAAGAAGUGAACAGGAGGAUGCAGAAGCGCAUCAGCGAGCUCUUCCCGAUUGACAGCUGGCUUGAGGACAGCUUUGAGUACACGGGCUCCUUCAUCGAGGUUGGCAACGAGGGCAUCACCAUCAACCAGGCCAGCUUUGUCGACGGCCGCCUGUUCACGGUCGACGUUCCCCGCGGACAAGACGGGGCUGAACCGGCCAGCACCGAACAAGCUAUAGACAAUCGCUCCUUGAUCGGAGCUCUGAGCUGGUUGAGUAGCCAGAGCCGCCCCGACUUGCUAUGCGGGGUGACAUUGUCACAGCAGCUCCAGCGAGCUCCCCUCACCGAGGACGUUCGGUUUGUCAACCAGCUCAAGGUCCGCGCAGAAGAGCACCGAGGCGAGGGCAUCUACUUGCACGGCAUCCCCCUAGACUCCGCCAUGUUCCUCGUGUAUCAUGAUGCCGCCUGGGCGAAUGCCGAGCUAGAAGACGUGGAGGAAGGGUUCCAGCUGUCGCCAGAGGAGAUCGAUCAUGGCACCCUGCGCCACUUGUUCAGCGAAGACAGACCCCGCAAGCCGAAGCGCGGUUCUUCCAAGGUGGCUUCCCAACUUGGCCACCUGGUGUUCAUGACGGACCAGAAGAUUCUCAACGGCGAGAAGUGCCGGAGCAGCCUACUUGAGUGGCGGAGCCAGUCGUGCAAGCGGGUCUGCCGCUCGACGUUCGGUGCCGAGACGAUGGCUGCAGUGGAAGGGCUGGAAGGCGGCCAGUACAUGCGAGCUCUCUUGGCCUCCCUAGUUUGUGGACGACUGGUGAAGCACGAGGAGAUCCGAGAGAGGUGGCCAAUGCUAUGCUUGUCCGACUGUAAGUCCCUGCACGACUACUUGCACAAGGCCGGAACACCCAGGCUACCAGCUGACCGACGCCUCGCCAUCGACCUGGCGGCCCUUCGUCAAGAACUUCGUAAUGAGCAAUGGGGACCCCGACUCCCACUCCAGUGGAUCCCGACGGAAAUGCAACUCGCAGAUCCACUAACGAAGCCUAUGCGGGCCAAAGUAUGGUGGGAAACCCUGAAAGCCGGGAUUUUGCUACCUCUUAAAAGAGGACUCUUCCAGAAAGAGGAGAGAUGA